AUGGGAUCUGUUGAUGAUGAGACCUCUUCGGUGGUCAUGGUGACUCCAGCUGGUGGAUCCGAUGGAGGAGCAGAGGAGGCUGUCAAUUGCAGCAAAAAAGAGACGUCCGAUUCCAAGGAGACAGCAGACACUGGAGACGCCGGUGAGAAGGAAAAGAAAGACACCGACUCGGACUCGGACUCGGACUCGGAGUCUGACGACAAGCAGAAGGACAAGAUUAUAGUUGGCAUGGUCGCCGACCGAAAAGACCUUUAUCAAGUCAUUGACAAAUACAAUCAGCCCAAAUGGACGGAAAGAUGCCCCGAGGACCUAGAAGAAGCUGCCGAGAAUGAGGAAACUCUGAAAUACGCGGUGCUAGUGCGCAACAAAAGGAGCUGUGACUCCCGCAAGAAGCUUGAAAUCGACAGUGUCGUGAUCCAGAGCCCGUUGCUGAAGGAAGUUCUCCGCGACGUACUCAAGGAUUAUCCUGGUGUGACCACCACCUUGGCCCGGCUGACAUUUGUUGCGCCCUUCAAACCCUUCGUUCACCGCUGGGAGGAGUUGACCGCAGCGCUUGAUGGCGAUUAUGACGAAACAACCAAGUCCCACCUAAAACUGCUCCACACGGUUCUGUUCGAGGAGCUGAAAGAUAUCAUCUCCGCCACCAAGGAUUACAUCAAGAACAAGGUGAUCACUUAUGAACACGUUUGGACCAUUUUCCAGCCCGGCACCAUCAUCUUUGCGUCCCGGUAUGGUCGCCCUGUGACCGUGCGGCUUCAUGAGGGACAAUUCACCAAUCACUGCAAGUAUGGACCUUGUUACCUGCUCAAGUGCGAUCGUCUCGAUUGGGACGGAUCAAAAUUCGGAUACGACCUGUCACAACACAUCAUUCUCCCAUUCGCAGGUACUCUUUCCAUCACCGACCUAGACUGCUUCCCCCUGGCCUACCAUUCCGAUCAAGAGACAGUUACCGCCACCCUGAUUGCGCGAGGGGCUCUCUUUGAGCGCCUCGCAGGGUAUCACUACAAGGCAUACAGGGGCAACGCCAUUGAGCAAAAGGAAUGGGGUCCAGCCAAGAUCACAGUCGAUUGCCGUGUGGUGAUCGACGCCUAUGCCCAUGGGAAGGCGAACCCGAACCAACAGCCAAGCCUCAAGCCCUUGCAACAAGUGAAGGACACUGGGAACAUCCACUCUUCCGACCCUGACGAUGGCUACUCGUCCAACAGCUAUAAUGACUUUGACAACGACCGGGACGACGACAUUUUCGUCAAUGAAGGCAACAAGCCACUCCCCCUUUCCGAAGAACAGCUCCUCUUGUGCACGCCCAUUGUCAAAGGAUAUGCGCUGAAGACCAAAAAAUGGCUCGAGUUCUUCGUCGACGAGAUCACAGAGAUUGUCUUCAAUGAGCGCGCAUUCGAGUGUCUGGUUCUCCCCGAGGGUCACAAAUCUCUCAUUCUGGCCUUCGCCCAAAGCCAGAUCAAGAAUAAGGACGCAUUCGAUGACGUCAUAUCUGGAAAGGGAAAGGGCAUCAUCAUGUUGCUGUCUGGUGGUCCAGGAAUCGGGAAGACGCUCACGGCUGAAUCAGUCGCGGAGGACAUGCAAGUGCCCCUCUACAUGAUGUCCGCCGGAGAUCUGGGCUCGGCAUCUUGGGAGAUCGAAACGAAUCUCAAUCAAGUGCUUGAGAUGGUGGCGAAAUGGAACGCCGUCCUGCUCCUCGACGAAUGCGACGUAUUUCUAGAGACCCGGAGUACGCACGAUCUCGACCGCAACCGCAUCGUAUCCAUCUUCCUGCGCACUCUAGAGUAUUACGAGGGCAUCCUUUUCCUGACCACGAACCGAGUAAAGGAUAUGGACGAGGCGUUCCACAGUCGCAUACAUAUAAGCCUCGAGUAUCCUGCGCUGGACGAGUCGGCGCGCAAGGCCGUCUGGACUGGAUUCUUGGACCGCAGCAGCGUUGGUAAUGAGGCUGUUGCUGCGAAGCACGAAUUGACGGAGGAGGACGUGGAUAAGUUGGCCAGGCUGGAGAUGAACGGACGGGUCAUCAAGAAUGUGCUCAAGACGAGCCACUUGCUUGCUUGUCAUAAGGGGGAGAUGCUAGCCUAUAAGCAUUUGAAGACGGUGCUGCAGAUUGAGGGGUACGCGAUUGAGGACUGA